AUGGAGAGCCAAGUAGUCGAACUCACAGAGGCCGAGCAGGCUCAGCACCAGCUGCAGAUGGAGCAGCAGCUCAAGUCGUUCUGGGCCAAGCAGUUUCUGGAGAUGGAGCAGCUCGAAGUCGGCAGUGAACAAGAUUUCAAGAACCAUAACGACCUACCCCUAGCGCGCAUCAAGCGCAUCAUGAAGUCGGACGAAGACGUGCGUAUGAUCAGUGCCGAAGCGCCCGUGCUCUUUGCCAAGGCGUGCGAGAUGUUUAUCCUGGAGCUCACGCUGCGAUCGUGGGGCUACUCGGAGAAGAACAAGCGGCGGACGCUGCAAAAGGAGGACAUUCAGACAGCCAUUCGGAACACGGACAUUUUCGAUUUUCUCGUGGACGUCAUUAACUAA